AAAUUCAGGUCAGCUCGUUGCGAAGCGAUACACACAUCACAGUCGGGUGGAAUCUGUUAGCACUGUAGAAAGAAGUUAACAAGUUUAAAUUACAAGUGAUACUAGUGAUAACAGUUCCUGCUGUAGUUGAAUAACCAUGCCUCACAACAACGUUAGGAUCUUGAUCACUCCGAAUGCAGCAAAAGACAGAGUCAUCAGCAAAUUUCCACCUGCUUUCCAUCCUGAUGGUACACCAUACCAUCAAACGAACUUUCACCCCAAAGUAAAGAAUGCUUGUUUGGAGAACAAAACUGGUCGUGUUAGUCUUCGCAUCUCAAAAGCCGUGAUUGUUGGAGAUAUUUCAAUUGGUAAAACAAGUAUGGUGAAUAGGUUCUGUCAUAAUAUAUUUGACCGAGAUUAUAAAGCUACCAUUGGAGUAGAUUUUGAAGUGGAAAAGUUUUCCAUCCUGUCAGCACCUUUUACUCUUCAAUUAUGGGACACAGCUGGUCAAGAACGGUUCAAGUGUAUUGCUGCUUCUUAUUACCGUGGAGCUAAUUUUUUAGGCAUUGGAGUGGUACUUCCUCAGACUUGCAUCAAAGCCAUGCUAUUACAUUGUGUGUCUGACCUUGUUAAGAAAUCAGAAGCAGCUUAUAGGAAUGUAGAACUUCAGGCAAUAGAAGUAGCCAAUUCUAUAGAUGCAGAAUAUUGGGCUUUGUCCUCUAAAACAGGAGAGAAUGUUAAAGAAUUCUUCUUCCGUGCUGUGUCUUUGGCAUUUGACAGAGCUGUCUUAAGAGAACUUGAACCGACUGAAGCUUCUGGCAAAAAAAUUGGAAAUAAUAUAUUUAAAAUCAACCGAGAAGACUCAAAUCUUUUUGAAAAAUCAAAAAGUGGACCAAAAUGUUGUCACUGAUGCCUUUCAUAGCAGUUCUUGGACUAUUUGCAAUUGAACCAAAGUCAUUUGUAUUUUGUAUUUAACUGUGCUCAUGAUUUCAAAGGGAUUUAUUUUAUAUACUUAUUCUUUAUAUCUGUCCCACAUACCUACAUUUAAAAAUUUAUUAUCAGGGAAUGCUUUUUUUAGCAAGUUAUAUGUAUAUCUGUUUAUAUUUUUUACUAUUAUUUUAUGCUCAUUAUCAGUUUGUCAGAAUCAAAAUUCAGGGUAUUGUGUUUUAAAAUCAAAUCCAGAAAGAAAAAAAAACAUGAAAGUAAAGGUGGGCAGAUAAACGGAAAAAGAAGUAUAAACUUAGACGUUAACAUGCUAUGUUUACAGUCCUUUGCUUAAUCUUGCAUGUUCAGAAAUACUUAUCAAGUGGGGAUAAUCCCCAUCGACUAAAGGCCAUAUCUAAUUAAAAAAAAAAUUUUUUUUAUACAUUGUAAUUUUAUUUUUUUAAGGAAAAUUUAAACCAUUUUUACAGCAACUUACCUGAAAUCAUUUCUCAUUUGAAAACUGAUGGCUUUAAAUUGUUCAUAUUUAAAUUAAAAUCUCUCACCAUAAUUUUGUAUAAGAACAUUUUGUUAAGUAAUAUUUCAAACAAUUAAUAAUGGUUUCAAAUUUUGCCACAAGGGCAGUAAUUUUAGAGGGAGGGGAUGAGUUGAUUACAUUGACCCCAGUGUUAAACUGAUACUUAUUUUAUCAACCCCAAAAGGAUGAAAGACAAUGUUGACCUUAGUGGAAUUUGAACUCAGAAUGUAGCCACAGAUGAAAUACUGCUAAGCAUUUUUGCCCUGUAUGCUAAUGAUUCUGCCAGCUCACUGCCUUACACUAGACUAAUAACAACCAUGUUUAAGGCAGUGAGCUGGCAGGAUUGUUAGCAUGCUGGGCAAAUUGCUUAACAAUAUUUCAUCCAUCUUUAUGUUCUGAGUUCAAAUUCUGUCGAGGCCAACUUUGCCUUUAAUCCUUUCAGGGUCAAUAAAAUAAAGACCAGUUGAGCACUGGGAUCAAUGUAAUUGAUUUUCCUUUCCCCACAAAUUAUUGCUUUGUUUCCAAAAUUCGAAAUCAAUAAUGACCACUUACUUAACUGCUUUGCUUUCCAUGGAGCAUAAGCCAUCAAUAACUUUUCUCCAUUGCUCUUAACUCUGGGUUGUCUCUUUUGUUUCUCUCCUGUUAGAUCCUUACUUUUCCUGCAGUUUCCUUUUCAGAUUUUGCUGCACCAUAUCAGAAGGCUAUCCUCUCCUAAAUCUUGUUGGUUUUGAUUUGUUAUUGAUGCUUCUGUAACUUAGCUUUUUUCUUGCCCUAUGCAGACCCAUUUUUAUUUCUGGAGAGAAGUGGUCCAUAUUAAUCUGACCUCUAUCCCCUUGACUUGUCCAGCAUGGGAGACCCUACUAGGAGCUUGUGCUCUGCUGGCAUAGCUCCCUGGGUCAUUAAGGCACACAGCAAGUGUCCUGCAACAAGGACUGGACCUUGUGGUGGAGUCAUUCUAUUAAUUCCCCCCAAAUUUGUUGAUUAUUUAAAAAAAUUAAUUGAAAUACACUGUUUAUCUUGUUAGAAACACAGUAGAAAGGAUGAAUUGAUAUUCAGAUAAAAUUUCCGUAACUGAAAAGCUAAAUUAACAAUAUGGUAAUUUAUUUUGAUUAAAUUCACAUUUCAGAGGCUGGUUUUCUUAGGAGGAAGGACUAGGCAUAAUGGUUAGUGUGGGAUUUGAAGAGGAGAACAGGAUAUAGGCGAUGGGAAGUGGUGGAGAGAUAAGGGAGUUGGAAGGAUCUGAGUGGAGAUGGUACAACACUAUUUAGCUCUGAAGUGAAGAUACCACUGAAAUGGUGGUAGAAAAGGCAGAGAGAGGAGACAACAUGUCUCUGGGCCAAAAGUUGGAGUGUGUUGCUUAUUGACUUCAUGCUAAUCAAAUGGAUGUUAUUUACAAUGCUUGUGUAUAACAGUUGUCCUGUUGCAAAUGUGGGAGUUAUAAUCCAUUGCAGGACUUACUUGAGUCUUGUUGAGGUCAGCUGUUGUUGGGAAAGUCAAGCUGUCUACCAGAUUAGAUAUAGCACCAGUGGGGAGAUACAUACUCUAAUCAUCCUUCAGGCAGUAAUUCUUCAAAUAAGAUGGUUUGAACACAUGCUUUUGAACUUUCAUAAAUCUUUAAAUAAUCAGUGGAAAAUGUCAUUGAUGAUGAUGACAGAUGCCUUGAAUAUUUCUGUCUGAAUUAGAUGUUAUAUUUUAUCUACAGUUUAUUUUUUUGUGACAGACAGGCAGGCAAACCUAAAGCAGAUGUGAAAUAGAGUGGGUAUGUAAUUGAUGGGAUCACAAAUGGUAACAAAAGGACUUUGAUAAACCUAGAUGAUUGAUUGGUUGACUGAAUGAUUAAUCAAACAACUGAUUAGUAAAUUGGUUAAAUGAUUAACUAGUUGACUAAUAAUAAUAAUAAAAGAAGUGAAAUAGAACCAGUGUGCAUGUUAAUUAUUGGCAUAAUGUUGUUGUUGUUGGCACUCCGUCACUUACGAUGUCGAGGGUUCCAGUUGAUCCGAUCAACAGAACAGCCUGCUCGUGAAAUUAACGUGCAAGUGGCUGAGCACUCCACAGACACGUGUACCCUUAACGUAGUUCCCGGGGAGAUUCAGCGUGACACAGUGUGAGAAGGCUGACCCUUUGAAAUACAGACACAACAGAAACAGGAAGUAAGAGUGAGAGAAAGUUGUGGCGAAAGAGUACAGCAGGGUUCGCCACCAUCCCCUGCCGGAGCCUCGUGGAGCUUUAGGUGUUUUUGCUCAAUAAACACUCACAAUGCCCGGUCUGGAAAUCGAAACCGCGAUCCUCUAUGACCGCGAGUCCGCUGCCCUAACCACUGGGCCAUUGCGCCUCCAUUGGCAUAAUGAUCCACCUGAGAUAUAACAAAAUCUGUUUCAAACAUGAGUUCACAUCAACAAUCUUGUAAAUCAAAUACAAAAAUGAAAUAAUUUUCUAUAAUUUCCUUACUUUGUGCCAACCUGGUUUCCUAUUUAAUUCUUUAGCAGUCAAAUUAUUCUGUCAAAUGUAAUGCUUACUUAUUGUUUUGAAUUAAUCAUGCAUUAUCUUGUAGCUUUGAGAUUUCAAUGAUGUGAUUAUUUAUUUUUAGAAUGACAUUGUAGGGUAGGUGUGAGAGGCCCGAUCUCGCUGGUUUGCACAUAAAACAGCUAGAAUAUUUUGGCUGGAUAUGACUGGUUUAAAUGCUAAAGGUUUAAUAAAUAAAGGAAAGCAAAAAUGUUAACAUGUUAAGAGCAAAAUAUUCAGAAAAGAAUGUCUCCCCAAUGUUUACUCAAUAUAAGAGUAGUCAUUUUACAAUUAGGAUGGUAUUUUUAGGCAUUCAUUCAUUUGAUUAUUGGUAAUUAAAAAGAAAGUUCCAUGUAGAAUAUUAGUUGCUCAUUUAUGUUGUGUUACAGAUUUAUUUUGUUUAUUAUUCCUCAAUUAAAACUCACUUAUGUAAUUCCAUUUUGAAGUUUUCAUUUUUUUUGAAAAUCAUAUUGUGUAUUUAAUUUUUAUUUUUAGAUGUUCCUUUUAGUAAACUUGAUCAAAGAAACCAUGCUUUCUUGCAAAUAUUUUAUAUUGUCUUCUAUGUUACUGCCAUGGAAUAUGUGAAACUAUUUCUUAAAUUAUUCUGGAUUUCGAAAUAAUAUAUGACACUUAAAAGUAUUUAAAAUGGUUACUUAUACAUUAGAAUUUAAUCAAAUCUAAUAUUCUAUUUUUUUCUUUUUUGAGAAUUACCACUCAUUUUUUUUAUAAAGUCAAUAGCGAGAAAAUUAUUGACAAUAAUCAUCUUUCUGGAGUUGAAAAAAAGAAAAGAAUGUAAAAUAAUGUUUGAUUAUAUGUUAGCCUCUAUCACAUAAUGAUAAUGAAAUAUUUCGAAGAUGUAAUAUUAUGAAAGUGCUUAAGGUUAUGGACUAUUGAAGUGAACUUCAUUUAUUCAAAUAUAUUUUAAAGAGGCUGGAAAAAAGAUAAAACAAAAAAUCACAAAUGCAAUUAUAAUCAUUAAUAUGAAGCUACCUUAGACAUCAUGGCCUUUUGAAAGAUGUCGGGCUUACCCAUUCCUUAGAAGCUGUGCUUGACAAAUGGCAAUUUGUAAAGUUAAAUAGCUCAAUGUGAAGUCUCAGUUUCAAAAUGUGUUCGUAUACAUAACAAUUAUUGGAAACUUAUCUUCUAAAAAAACAAAGAUAUAUUUACAAGUGUUUAUUUUCAAGGGAGAUAACUGUUUUAUAAUGCAAGGGAGAUAAUCCGAUAGUUUCUAUCGAUUUAAUGGGCAUCUCUCUAGUGUUUGGGCAAAUAUCAUCUCUCAGUUUAUUUGUCGUAAAUCUUUAAAUAUAAUUAUAUAUUGUAAAUAUAACUGAAAUUGAAAAAUAUUUUAUUCUUACUACAUUUCCAAUAAAUAUUCUGUAUCUUUCCCAAACCAACGUCGUGGGCGACACGAAAUCUUUCAUUCUGCAAGCGUUACUGUUUCAUAAACUUUCCUGAGAUUAAUAAAGCGCUUUUCUUUUCAUUCCUUUUUUUUUUUUUUACUUCAUAAGACGUUGAUUUCAAUCAACAGCUUUCACCCUUGGUAAAACUUACAUGAAGAUAAAUGCUAACAUUCAAGCUGUUCCCUACAGCACACACACUUCAUACAUUUACACACAGGCAGGAAUGCGCACACGCACACACACACAAGCAGGAAGGCACACACACACACACACAAGCAGGAAGGCACACACGUACACGCAUGUGCACACACACACACAGAAGCAGGAAUGCAUACACGCACACACAUGUGCACACACACACAAACAGGAAUGUGCACACACACACACACACACGAACAGGAAUGCACUCACGCACACGCAUGCAAGCGUGCGUGCGUGCACACACACACACAAACGAACGUGUGUAUAUAUAACUGAAAAGCUAAUUUUUUUUUUUCACUGUUUUUCUUGUAAGAAAAGGUGGUGAGCCGGCAGAAUUGUUAGCACACUGGGCAAAAUGCUUAGUGGCAUUUUGUCCGUCUUUACUGUCUGAGUUUAAAUACCGCGAAUGUCGACUUUACCAUUUAUCUUUUCGGGAUUGAUAAAAUAAUUACCAGUUGAUCAUUGGGGUUGAUGUAAUCCCCUGAAAUUGCUGACUUUCCACCAAAAUGUGAAUCUAAUAUUUUCUUGUAAAAAAUUUCGAUAUGUUGUUAAUAACGUAUAUAGUGCCUAUGCAAGAUUAUCAGUAAGCAUCCUUGCAAUUGAAUAUCUUUUAUUUUAUCUUAUUAAAAUCCUAAAUGUUGUUUUUAACCCUUUGAUCAUAAUAUAUUGUAUAUAUCAUUAUUGUUAUAACUUGUUUUGUUAAAAUAUCAUAACAAAUAUUUAGUUGUAAUAAAUAUUUGUUACCUAUAUAUAUCAUUGUAAAGGAUAAUAAAUAUAUUGCAUUUAUCAUAA